UUGAAAUGCGAAAUUGCAAAUUUUAGUGACAACUUGUUCAUCUCUAAACAAAAGUUGUGUAGAUUUCUACUGCUCACCUUGACGUCAAAAUCAGAUGAUGGAUUCAGUAAGUUUUCUGUUCUCACCAAUAAGCCACGCAGAUAUCACCAAUAUAUGAAUAGAAAUGGUGGAUUUAAUAGGCCUUUUGAUUAUGUCGCUUAA